AUGCCAGUCCGUCAGAUCAAGGCUGAAGAGGCGAGCGAAGCCGUCCGCGCCGACCUGGUGCAGGUCAUGGCCGCGUCGUUCUUGACCUAUAAGCCUUGGACAGGCAUGUGGGGCGACGAGCGCGCGUUUACGGAGAAGCUGUUCGUCAGUGUCGUCGACAACGCGUUCGAGAAGUGGGAGGUUUGGGUUGCUGAGGACGACGAGAAGGAUAAGGUCCUGGGCGUUGCAAUGUGGUGUCCUCCCGGCGUGGGGUUUGACACUGCCUUCCUCCGCCCGUCCAUCGCCGACCUCCCCGCACCACUCAAGCACCACUUCAUCUCGCACGUCUCCCCCCAAUUCCGGGCACUCGAUGAUGUCCUCCCUGGCCACGACACAGAGUGGUGGUACCUCGCCUUCCUCGCAACCCACCCCGACGCCAAGGGCAAAGGCGUCGGCACUGCCCUCCUGCAGUCCGGUGCGGAGAGGGCUGGAUCAACCCCCCAAGCCCUGAGUACCGGGAAUGACGAAAACCAGCAUUUCUACGAGGGCAGGGGAUAUGUCAAGCGCGGCCAAGUCGGAGCCGUCCUUCACGACGGCUACGACUGGACAGAGAGGUUGAUGGUGUGUCCCGGCGACGCCGAGAUCUAG